AUGAAGUUUGGGACCAUAUUUUCAAUAACGCUCUUGGUACAGCUGGUGGUGUCGGUUGAGCUUGAUAUCAACGAUAAAGAUUCGAUUUGUGAGGCAGCUAAAUCCGUUGUCCAAGGGGAAUUAAAUUAUUAUGAAGGAACUAAGUACGGAGGUACUGUUGGGAUGUUUUCGAAUCCAUAUUACUGGUGGCAUGCCGGUGAAGCUUUUGGUGGGUUAGUUGAUUAUUAUACUUUUUGCGAGUCUGAUAAUAAAACUUUAGAAAAGUUGAUUUAUAACGGGAUGUACCAUCAAGCCGGGGAUGAUUAUAAUUAUAUUCCUUCUAACCAGUCGAUGACUGAAGGUAAUGAUGAUCAGGGUGUUUGGGGGAUGGCAGUUAUGCAGGCUGCCGAACGUAAUUUCACUGAUCCAAAAGACCAUAGUUGGUUAGAAAUGACUCAGGCCAUUUAUAAUACCAUGAAUUCAAGAUGGGAUACUAAACAUUGUAAUGGUGGAUUGAGAUGGCAGAUCUUCACUUGGAAUUCAGGUUACGAUUAUAAAAAUUCAAUUGCAAAUGGUUGUCUUUUCCAUAUUGCUGCAAGAUUAGCCAGAUUCACUGAUAAUAAAACUUACGCCAAAGUUGCUGAAAAAGUAUGGGAUUGGAUGGAAGAUGUUGGGUUUGCCACUUAUGUGGAUGAUGAAUUGGUGGUUUAUGACGGUGCUAAAAUUGGCGGUAAUUGUACUGACCUAACUAAAAGUAAAUGGUCUUAUACUUAUGGGAUUUUCUUAUCGGGAUGUGCUUAUAUGUAUAAUUACACCAAUGAUAAUACUUGGUUAGACCGGGUUGAUGAGAUUUUGAGAUCCUCUGAUUUCUUCUUCAAAGAUGGUUACAUGUUCGAACAUACUUGUGGAGGUGGGAGUGACUGUAAUAAUGAUGAACGGACUUUCAGGUCAUUAUUUUCUCGUUGUUUAGGUCUUACUUCAAUUUUAGCUCCUUCAACAAAAGAUACUAUUAGUACUUGGAUCGAUACUAGCGCUCAAGGUGCCGCUUCCUCGUGUUCCGGAGGAACAGAUGGUAUUACUUGCGGAGAAGAUUGGAGUAAAGGAUCAUGGGAUGGCGUAUACGGUUUAGGAGAACAAAUGUCCGCAUUAGAAGUCAUGAUGGCGUUGAUAGUCAAAACUCCUUUAACCGCUGAUACUGGAGGAUCCUCCAAGAGUAAUGUUAAUGCUGGUACCAAUACCGGCAGCGAAGAAAACAAGAACGAGAUAAAGGUAACUUCACAAGACAAAGCAGGUGCCGGGGUAUUAACAGCGGUCGUACUUCUAAUUAUUACUGGAGGUUCUAUAUGGAUGCUAUUUUGA